AUGCCAAGCGUAAAGCUCGUGAAGAGCGAAACAAACACAGCAGCGGUACGUCUUCCAGCAAUCGCAGAGAGUCAAGUGACCGACGGGAAAAAGAUCGAGCUCGCAGUGGACGUGACAGCAGCAAAUCUACUGCUCCUGGAGCGUUUGCUGCCACUGAAGCGUCUCCAAGAUCGAGAAAAGGCUCUGUCAAAUCAAGCGGUCGCAGUGAUCGCAGCCAAGGCCAUUCCUCUUCCAGAUCGGAAGGAAAGAGUCGUGCUUCUUCUGGCAAAAGCCGGACCUCCAAGCCAGCUACGGUUCCUGGUGCGGUGA